UUCUGUAGCUAGGUGUCCUGCUAAGAGAGGGUGAAGUUACUCCCUGCAUUGCAGCCAGGGUCUGCUGCUGAAAUCCAACACACAACAAUGGCGACUCCCAGCCCGAGCACCAACUCAACAGCCUCCUCCAGCAACAACAGCAAUAACGCAGGAUCUACAUCAACAUCACACCACCACCAAUCCCAGUCUCAACACAUAACGACAGUGAGCAGCAUGCAGGAAACCAACACGUGCUGGAGAUGUCAGAAUGAAACAGGGUUUCAGAUAAACCUGUCUGGAGUUCCCCAAAGUAAACGCAAAGCACUGAAGUUAAAUUUUGCCAAUCCUCCAAUUAAACCAACUACAAGAUUCACUCUCAACACAACAGGACCUCCUUUCCAGAACCCACAUAUAGAGAGGCUGCGUACGCACAGUAUCGAGUCUUCGGGUAAGCUGAAGAUCUCUCCAGAGCAGCAUUGUGACUUCACUGCUGAGGACCUGAAAGACCUGGGAGAGAUCGGGAGAGGCGCCUACGGCUCUGUCAACAAGAUGGUGCACAAACCCAGCGGCCAGAUCAUGGCUGUCAAGAGGAUUCGAUCGACUGUGGACGAAAAGGAACAGAAGCAGCUGCUAAUGGACUUAGAUGUGGUUAUGAGGAGUAGCGACUGUCCAUAUAUUGUUCAGUUUUAUGGGGCUCUUUUCAGAGAGGGCGACUGUUGGAUAUGUAUGGAACUCAUGUCUACCUCGUUCGACAAAUUCUACAAAUAUGUAUAUUGUGCAUUAGAUGAUGUGAUUCCUGAGGAAAUAUUAGGCAAAAUAACAUUAGCUACUGUGAAAGCGCUUAACCACUUAAAAGAAAACUUGAAAAUAAUUCACAGAGACAUCAAGCCUUCCAACAUUCUCCUGGACAGAAACGGCAACAUUAAACUCUGUGAUUUUGGCAUUAGCGGACAGCUUGUGGACUCCAUUGCCAAAACCAGAGAUGCAGGAUGCAGGCCUUACAUGGCGCCUGAAAGAAUAGACCCCAGUGCUUCCAGGCAAGGCUAUGAUGUUCGAUCAGAUGUGUGGAGUCUGGGAAUCACACUUUAUGAGCUGGCCACGGGUCGUUUCCCUUACCCCAAGUGGAACAGUGUUUUUGAUCAGUUGACACAGGUUGUGAAGGGUGAUCCUCCACAGCUCAGCAAUUCAGAAGAGAGGCAAUUCUCUCCCAAAUUCAUCAACUUUGUCAAUCUGUGCCUUACAAAGGAUGAGUCAAAAAGGCCAAAGUACAAAGAGCUUCUGAAACAUGCCUUCAUCUUGAUGUAUGAAGAGCGGACCGUGGAUGUUGCCAGUUAUGUGUGUAAAAUCCUGGAUCAGAUGCCGGCUUCCCCCAGCUCCCCUAUGUAUGUGGAUUUAUAGUGUGUAGAGGUACGGGGAAAAAGCCUGAACAACAAAUCCAUGGUGUCAAGAUCUGGUUCAUCCCAUAUCGUGUUUAAAAGAAGAACGUAAUCCCAAAACACCAUGUGCACUGGUGUGCAGUUCAACCAUUUCUGUAUCAUAAUGACAUUCACACAAAC